CUAUGGACAUCCAUCAAAAAUAUUGGUAGAAUCAUGGUGCAAGAUCUUCAAAAACACAACUUUUCUUAUACUAAUUUUAUUUUAACUGGAUUUCCAGGAUUCUUGGAAAAAAGACAGCUUCUUUUCAUUCCUUUUUCUCUUUUAUUUAUACUGGCUAUAGGUUCAAAUUCUGUGAUCAUUCACACAAUCAGGACUGUACAUGCCCUGCAGUCACCUAUGUAUAUGUUAAUAUGUACGAAAGCAGCUGCAGAUUUAUCUAUCAUAAUGACUUUUGCUCCCAAAAUGUUGUUGUUUUUUUUAUUUGAUUGGAAUGAAAUCUCUCUUACUGGCUGUCUUAUUCAGAUGUUUUUUGUUCACUUGAUUAGUUCAUUUCAAUCAAGUAUACUUCUGGUGAUGGCUUUGGAUCGCUAUGUUGCAAUAUGCAAUCCAUUGCGCUACAAUGAUUAUAUUAAUAAUUCCAAUUUGAUCAAGAUAUUUGUAGCACUUUUAAUAAGAAAUAGCAUGUUUAUUAUUAUCUUUACCAUCGCUGCAGGGUAUUUGACAUUCUGCAUGUCAAAUGUGAUUGAGAAUUGCUACUGUGAUCACAUGUCUUUGGUAAGUUUGGCUUGUGAGAACACUUUAAAAAACAAUAUCAUGGGCUUAGCAGCUAUCAUUUUUAUAACGGUUGUAGACUUGCUGUUUAUUAUCUUUUCCUAUUGUAACAUUUUCAAUGUAGUUCUUAAAACAGCCUCUGGAAAGGCAAGGCAAAAGGCCUUUGACACGUGUAGUACACAUUUAAUUGUUAUCCUUUUUGAUUAUCUUUUAGCUUUGUGCUCAUACCUCAUGUAUCGGGUCAAAAAUUCUUUUUCAGCAGAUGCUCACAUUCUAGUAAAUGUGCUCUAUUUAAUGUUACCCAGCUGCUUCAACCCAGUUAUCUAUGGUGUCAGAAUAAAGGAGAUUAGAGAACUAAUAGUACAAAAACUGAAAGGAGGAAAAAUGUCUUCUUUUUCAAUUACAGCCCAAGAAUUAACAGUUGAAAAAUAAUAACAAACUGCUUUACAUUAUAGAAAUAAAC